AGUUCUGCUGAACUUAAACCUCUCUGGCCCUUUCCGAGGUCAAUUCUCUAGAGCUAUUAAAUGGGUAGUCAUCAAUCGUAGUUCUUUGUCUUCUGAAUCCGAGCUAUCACUUCUCUUCCUUCUUGUGCUUUACAGUCACUGACAAUUAUAACGGAAAAUUGUUUAAUUAAGAGGUUUGGGUGAUGUCUCGGCCGCUUCAUCGUGGUGUAUCCGGUGGAAGGAUUGCUGGGAGUAGCCAUUAUUCCUGGGACUCACAGAUGAAAAUCAAAGCUGAGAAAGAGGAAGUGUAUAGGAAUCGCUCUUCUCCUUCUCUUUCUCCUUGUCCUUGUCCUUCUCCUGCUCCUGAUCACAAGACUCUGUCAUUGCGUGACCUUGUUUGUUUAAUUUUUGGGGACAAUUCUUCUCCCAAGUCUGGGUUCAGUGAGAAUGGUUUUGGAUCUGAUCCUUUCAAAAUGGGAACUUCACGAAGCCGGCACAAUCUGACCCUGCUGUUUCUCAAAUUCAGUUUAAUUCUAAUUGUGAUUCUUGCUCUUUCUGGCUCUCUUUUGUGGACGAUUACCAUUUCAACAUCCUCGAGAGGUUACAUCCUUAGGGGCUAUAGGCGGCUCCAAGAACAGCUCAUCUCUGACCUUGCAGACAUUGGGGAAUUUUCUGCUGGUUCGGCGAAGUGGAAGGAUGUGGAAUUCUGUUCUGAGGAGUUUGAGAACUAUGUUCCUUGCUUUAAUGUUUCUGAUAAUCUUGCUUUGGGUUACUCCGGUGGCAACGAGUAUGACCGUCAAUGUGAGCAUGAAUCCAAACAGAGCUGCUUGGUACUUCCACCUAGAAAUUAUAGAGUUCCUCUCAGGUGGCCUACUGGAAGAGAUGUCAUAUGGAGUGCAAAUGUGAAAAUUACUGCCCAAGAAGUUCUUUCAUCUGGAAGUUUAACCAAGAGGAUGAUGAUGUUGGAGGAAGAUCAGAUAUCCUUUCGUUCUGACUCCCUUAUGUUUGAUGGAGUUGAAGAUUAUUCCCAUCAAAUCGCUGAAAUGAUUGGGCUGAGGAAUGAAUCUUAUUUCAUUCAGGCUGGGGUUAGAACAAUUUUGGACAUAGGGUGUGGUUAUGGUAGCUUUGGAGCACAUCUCUUUUCAAAGCAACUAUUGACCAUGUGCAUUGCAAACUAUGAGGCCUCAGGCAGUCAAGUCCAACUAAAUUUAGAAAGAGGUCUUCCUGCUAUGAUUGGUUCUUUUACUUCAAAACAGUUGCCAUAUCCUUCUCUUUCGUUUGAUAUGUUGCAUUGUGCAAGAUGCGGUAUCGACUGGGAUCAGAAAGAUGGCAUAUUCUUGGUUGAAGUUGAUAGAGUGUUGAAACCUGGUGGAUAUUUUGUCUGGACGUCACCAGUUACCAAUUCUCAUGUGUCACUUCGUAACAAAGAGAUUCAGAAAAAAUGGAUGUUUGUUCUCCACUUUGCAGAAAAUCUCUGCUGGGAGAUGUUGUCACAACAAGAUGAAACUGUUGUAUGGAAAAAAACAACUAAGAGAAACUGUUAUGCUUCUCGGAAGUCUGGUUCAGGCCCUCCUAUCUGCAGUAAAGGCCAUGAUAUUGAAUCUCCAUAUUAUAGACCUUUACAGUCAUGUAUAGCAGGAACUCACAGCCACCGCUGGGUUCCUAUUGAAGCACGGACAACAUGGCCAUCUAGGGUUCAUCUACACUCGACUGAACUUGAAAUUCAUGGUGUCCAUUCAGAAGAUUUUGCUGAGGAUUCCCUGAACUGUAACUCAGCAGUUCGUAACUAUUGGUCUCUGCUCUCUCCCCAGAUAUUUUCAGAUCAUCCUAAGAGACCUGGUGAUGAGGAUCCUUCCCCACCUUUUAACAUGCUUAGGAAUGUGCUGGAUAUGAAUGCUCGGUUUGGAGGUUUUAAUUCUGCUUUAUUGGAUGCUGCGAAAACUGUGUGGGUCAUGAAUGUAGUCCCAACAAUUGGACCAAACUACCUCCCUUUAAUCCUUGAUAGGGGAUUUGUGGGGGUAUUGCAUGACUGGUGUGAAGCAUUUCCGACAUACCCAAGAACUUAUGAUAUGGUUCAUGCUGAAGGCCUGCUAUCACUGGAAACCAGUCAGCAGCGUAGGUGCACUACGCUUGAUUUAUUCAUAGAGAUUGAUCGUCUACUUCGCCCAGAGGGUUGGGUGAUAUUCCGAGACACGGCUCCCCUCAUUGAAUCAGCCAGAGCGAUCACAACACAGCUCAAAUGGGAUGCACGGGUAGUGGAGAUUGAGAGUAACAGCGAUGAGAGGCUCCUUGUCUGUCAGAAACCAUUAUUCAAGAAACUUCAGUAACAGAUACAAAUUUCAAGUGAAACCUGGGAAUGUUCAUAUCCUAUUAUUCAUUAAUUUUGUGGAUGUUGUUAUAUCACCAUCAAGGUCUACGAAGGGAGAUCUCGAGGAUUUUGAACAAAAAGCAACAAGAUGCAGAGGAUGAGAGAAAACAGCACGGAAACAUUGUCACAAACUCCUAUGGAACCGCAAGGUUUCCAUAGGGCCAUGUAAUUAUAAAAAGGAAAAGAAAAAAAUAUCUGGGAAGGGAAUGUGAUAGGGCAAUUUUUUUUUUUCUCAUUUAAUUUUCAUGUAAUCUCUCAUUAUAACAAUACAACCAUUAUGAUUAGAUUGUUGAGAAGAUGAAUAAAACAAGUGAUGUUCAAUGUAGUA